AUGUGCUUCCGCGGGGUUUUGCUCGGCGCCUGCGUGGCGUGGCUCUGCCAAGCCGCAUCUUUGAGCCCGUUGUACCAGUAUGCCUUCCAGGCGAGGACAUUCCAGGAGGCGACUUUCACAUCCACUGCAGAAGCAGUGGUGCUCAGUGGGCGAAACCCCCGGGAGUGUUCGGACCAGCUGGACUUCACGGAUGCAAGCGUGUCCUUCGUGGCCUUGGCACUUACAGACAAAGGGCAAGGAUGCUUUGGUCAAGCGGCAUACUCCAACGGUGACUUUCCAAUCGUGAUGGGUACCGUGCAGCUAGGAGAAGACACCUUCGAUGCCUUCGAAAUCCAGCCACCGCAAUCCUCGGCUGAGCAGUUUGUGGCGAGUGGUCAACAACUCUACAUCCGCUUGUCCAACACGUCAUCCGACUACAGGCUCUACCUUUUGGAGAACGGUGUUCUGAUCCCGAUGGCACAGCUAAAGUCCGAUGUCACCAAUACCUUUGUCCCAACCGGCAUGGCAGUAGAAGGAUUGUCCACAGCGGCUGUCUAUCUGGUUCUGCCUGCGAGUCGUUCGCUACCGGCUCCGGCCAAAAGGAUCUUGUCAGGACAUGGUGUGACGGAGUGUGCCGAAACCUUCCCCGAGGCUGAGACAUUCGGAGACAUCUCGCUGGUCACCAUGAAGUCGAACAGUGGAUCCUGCUGGAAGGACUUGCGGUACUCGAACACCGACUACACAGUCGAGAUCGGGGAGCUUGCAGGUUCCGAUGGGAAUUCCUUCACAGCCUAUCGCAUCUCACCACCUGCUGUUACGGCCACGCAGUUCACUGCCAGUGGAACCCAGCUCUACAUCAGGCAAGCCACGGCAGGGCCCACGAAUAUUUGGACUUUCAUGGAGGCCAGUGGCUUCAGCCUUGUGGACACAAUGAAUGCGGCUCAGACUUACAACAAAACUUCAGUUCGGGUGGAUCAACUCUCCGAACCCAUGCUGGUCAUCCUCCAGCCCACCAGUGCUCGUGUGAGUAUUUGGCCCUUGGAAGCCACCGAGGUUGAAGCCGCAUGGCUCGGAGGCAAAGCAGAUGGAAGCUUCAGCCUAACUGCACGGAGGUUUGCCGUGCCGGGUCAACCCUUCCAGCCGGACAAAGACUGGAGCUACGGGCCUGGCACUCACACCGGCAACUACGGCACCUACAAGCGCUUUUUCGUUGUCACACACGCUGACGGCCGGGAAGGCGUAGUUUGGCAGGACUUUGCGGGUGAGGCUGUGAAGUUGACAUGGCUGGCGGCGGACUACCUAUCUUCGCAGACUAUUCAGCUGUCCCCACUAUCAUCAACGAUCUUCGUUGGGGCAGUGGGGGAUGCGCAGGGAAACGUGGUUCUUCUGUUGGGUGCUGCAGGCUCUCCAGAGGACAAGACCGCAACCAGCUCUGCGGAGGUUGUGAAGUACGACGCUGCCGGUACUGAGCUCCUCAGGGUGGCUCUGCCUACAACGGACCUGGAUAUUUACGCUUUCUCCUCCUCUGGUGCUUCCUUUGCCUGGGACUUGGGCUCGGGCACCAUUGCUGUAUCUUUGGCCAGGACCAUGACGCGAGCCAGCGAUGGCUUGAAUCACCAAGGGGGCAUUGCCUUCGUGCUGGACGCUACCACUCUCCAGAUGAUCACGAACUAUGGCCAAACCUCAGGCCAUUCCUUCGCAAACUCCCUGACGGUGUCCCAGAAGGAUGGCUGGUACAUUGGCAAAGAUUUGGGGGACAACUACCCUCGUGGAAUCAACCUCUGGGAGCUGAAGGCGACGUCCCGGUCAUGGAAGAAGCGGUUGGUGUACGCCUUCAAAACAAAGCAUGGCACCAGCGAGACAAGUCCCGCUGGUACAGCAUAUCCCCGCUAUGACGAAAUCUCCACGAGCGACCAGACGUAUUACAAGUGGAGCAACGACAACUACGUCUACACAGAGUUGGCACACCCUGGGCUCCAUGAGAUCAAUGACACCGUUCUCGUCUUCUUUGCCGGUGAGUCCCCGCCCCUCGAUAAUGCUGUCGUAGGUCAGGCACUGAACGUUGCCCGGAAUGUGGGAUUCGUGAAGAUCCCACGGGAUCUGAGCAGCGAAGCAGUGCUGUCGCCUGGUGCCAACGAAACCGGCGGAUUCUACACCUUUGGCGGUGGUUGGUCUGACCAGAUGAAUCGUGGAGUCAGCUUUCUUACAUCCAAAACCGAGGUGGCUGACUCUGUCAGCCGACUGAAGACCGCACAGCUCGGUGGAGCCGUCCUUCUCUUCUGGGAAGUAUGGUCCCGGACCGCUUACAACAAAAGCGAAUGCAUGAUCGUCGACACGAAUGGUGCGGUGCUACAGAGCCAGACCUCCUUGGCCUACCCCGUCAUGCUACCCUUCGCCGAUGAUGUCGUUGUAAUCAAUGGCAAGGCGGUUGCUUAUGCCGGAUCGCCAGAGCAGCAGCUCGUCCGCUUCGAGUUUUGCCAUCAAGGAUGUGAUUCACCGAGGGCCACGAGCACCACGAACGGAAGCCCAGGAGGCGGUGAACCCGGAGGAGACGGUGAACCCGGGGGCGGAGAGCAGGGCGGAGAUGGCGAUGCAUCUGAUGCAUCUGCAGCUGCUUCUCGCGUAAGGCUGUGUGCUGCAUUCUUGACUGCAGUGACUCUGGCCCUGUCUUGA